AUGAGACUUGUAAUCCAAAGGGUGCUAUCCGGAUCUGUUACCUCAGAAGGAGUCGUUACAGGAGCUAUUGGCCCUGGCAUUAUGGUCUUACUUGGAAUCUCUAGAGAUGAUACUGAAGAAAUUACAAGGCAAAUGGCUAGAAAACUCUUAAAUAUUCGUAUAUGGGCAGAUGGAGAUAAAGCCUGAACCCUCAAUGUUAUGCAAAAAAAUUACGAAGUUUUGGUGGUUUCCCAAUUCACUCUUUAUGCAGUAAUGAAAGGCAAUAGGCCAGACUUUCAUAAUGCAAUGGCAAAUGAAGACGCAAGAAAUUUAUAUGAAUUAUUUGUACAGGAACUGAGAAAUGUAUAUGGGCCGGAGAAAAUUCAAACUGGUGCCUUUGGGCAGUAUAUGAAUAUUUCACUAUUGAAUGAUGGGCCAGUCACAAUUAAUAUUGAAUCAAAAAGUAAUAGUCAGUAA